AUGUAUGGGUUGGUGCUAUUAUUCUUUCCUCCAAGUCCUUCAAAAGGGAGGCUUUGUGUAGCCGUGAUGCUAAUAGGAAUUGGGCAAGCAGGACGGAAACCAUCUUUACAAGCAUUCCUUGCUGAUCAAUUGAAGAAGAGGGUCCAAUGUCUGAGCCAAGCUGAUCAAGAAGUGAAGGACCUUAUAAGACAUUGGUGGCGGUUUUUUCGCUUUUGGGGUGCUACUGCUGCAUUUCUGGUCGCCGGAUUUAGUGGUUCUUGGCCGAUUAGGCUCACAGUUUCAGCGUGCGUGAUGGGAGUUACUUUUAUAUUGCUUUUGUUGGGUAUCCACCACUACCAUUAUGAACCACCAAUAGGUAGCCCGCUUUCGCUUCGGCUUAUCAAAAUAUUUCGCAAAGUGAAGGUUGUUAUAUUUAACAAGCAUCUCCCCCACCCACCAACUCAUGACUAUGAGACUGGGGAGAAUGAUCGGGAAGAAAAAACACCGGCCCGUGAAAUUCCAUUGAACAGGUCCCUCUUCCAUCCCUUUUUUAGUGACUUUAUCGUUAUUAUUUAUUAA